UUUUUGUUAAUUCUAUUUGUUCUAGAGUGCUUCAGUUGUGUAUUGUCGGUUGUGGGAUUUUCCAUUCUCUUCUUCUGUUUGUUCCGUUCAAUUAUAAUAUUAUUCAGUAUCCUGAUACAACAGUACAUAUAGAGGGGUCAGAACUACAACUGAAAUGGACUGACUGUCAGUCAACUGAUAUAAUUCCAAGUCUUAGGAAUAAAACUAAAACUCAGCUUAGCCUAACAAAUUGCACCUCUACAUGUACAAAGGUUGAUGUGUGUUCUCUAUUAUCUCCGUACUGUACAGAGCCUCUGGAUAAACCAGGAUCAAUGUUACUAACCUCCUUCAUCCCUACUAUUCUUCAUACCCAGAGAAAUGAAGCAAACUUUACUCUUGGAUUUAAAAUGGAUCCGUGCCAAUUUGGUCUUCAAUCUCAGUUUUUUAAUCUUCCUGAAAACUGUGCGAUCGAUUGUAUUGCUGAAACAAAUAUUGUAAGUUACUGUGAAAUAGUCGAGGGUGAGGGUCGAAUGACAACCAAUGCUAUAUAUUUCCUACUAAGAAUGUUGGCCACUAUGUGUCUUGCAAGCUGUUUUAUCAUGCUAGAUGCUCAAACUAUUCAGAUGUGUAGGGUAGAAGAAGACGCCGGAAAAACAGGUGCCUAUGGUAGACAAAUCAUGUACAAGACCCUGGCACAAGCGAUAAUAUCACCUUUGGUUGGUAUUCUGAUGGACAAAAUCACUGAGUUAACAGGAUCAACAAACUACAUUGCACCAUUUGUGAUUUGUGAUAUCUUACUAGUUGGAACCAUUAUAUGUACAUGCUUUAUAGGCAAGGAUAUUGGACUGCCUAAGGACUCUGACACCAUGAAAGGAGUAAAGUUAAUAUUCGCCAACCCUUGCUGUGUAAUAUUCCUAUUUAUGAUAUUGGCCUGUGGAACCAUGUACGGAUUUGUAGAAACAUUCCUUUUCGUAUAUUUAAAGGAAGAUUUGAAUGCUCCGAUUUAUCUGCUUGGAUUAACAAUAACUGCUGGAGCCCUUGUAUCUAUACCAUUCCUUUACUAUUCCCAUUUUAUUGUGGACAAAUGUGGAAUGGUUAAUAUUAUCAUUGUGGCAUUGCUCAUGUAUGGAGUUAGGUAUGUUGGUUAUUCCUAUAUAACCUGUGCUUGGUACGCUUUUCCAUUUGAAACAUUAGAAGUUUUCACCCUCUACCUUCUUAGAGUUAGUCAAGCUAAAUAUAUCAAGGUUUAUGCUCCUCCUGGAACCCUGGCUACUAUGACAGGAUUGUCUGGUGGAGCACAUUUUGGGUUUGGGAAGGGUAUAGGAGGACUUUUUGGAGGUAUUCUCAAGGAUCAGCUCAAGAGUACUGCACUAGCUUUCAGGAUUUUUGGAAUUGUAGCAUUUGGAUUUGGAACUGCUUAUGCAAUCUUUCAUGGACUCAUUGGAAGAAAGAUAGAUGCUCGAGUUAAGGUGGAAAUGGACAAAGCCGCAGAUUUGGCAAAAGCAAUUCCUCUUCUGGAGAAAGAAAAAAGAAAAGAAUCAAUUUUUAUCGAAUCAUAGAAAUAUAUAUUUUUUAUAUUUUU